AUCAAAGUCGCCAGCUUUGCAAGUUCUUCUUUCGCCUGUAAGAUCUGCAAUUUCAUCGGAAUUUUGGGCUUCUCCUCCUCCGCAGGUGUUUCCUCAUCCUCGUCCAUGUCAGCCUCGGCGUCGGAGGCUACAUCCUCCUCAUCGUCAUCGGUGCCAAGGAAACUGUCAGACUCUUCAGGCUCCGGUUCCUCAAUGUUUUGCAAACCCUCCGCGGUUUUGAUAGGUAGCCUUGUCCUCUCCUUAUCUUUUUUGCCCAUCUUGCGCGGACGGCGCUCGUAGUCUUGUUCGAGAUCCCAUUCGGAAGCGUUGCUGUAGAAGUUGUUCAAGGCUGAGCCCUUGGGGGUGCCAUUGCCUUCAUCACCAGGAGGACUCAAGCGUCUCCUUUUAUUCGUGCGUCCUGGAGCCAUGACGAUUUUUAUCGAGCAACCGAAUUGUCGUGGUGAGGGUCGAUGGUUGGUUUUGAGCGGUUCCCGUCCGAAACUUUUUUUUUUCUGCGGUGCCAAGACUUAUGCCAAAAGCU